UUUAUUCACUGGAGAGAGAGAGAGAGAGAUCAACGUGGCCCGUCCCAACUCAUCUUUCACGUCGUCAUGAGACUCUCUUCUCUCUCUCUUCUCUCCCUCUCCAUCUCUAAUGACGCCAAUAUAAUCGUCUCGACUUAGGGCUUUGCCAUCUUCUCCCCCUCUCUCGCUAUCUCUAUGUUUCUAUUUCAAUUCUCUUUCCCUGCAAUCCUCAUCAAAGGAGAUAAAUCUGAAUACUAAAUUGUUUGCGAUAAUGGCGAAGAAAACAACGAGUAGAAAGGGAGGGAAGGUAGAGCAAAUUCACAUUCCAAAGUGUUGUCAGCAACCCAGAAGCCGUGCCCCCAAACCUCGCACCGACUUCUCUCCUUUCGUCUGCUCAUCGUCCACGUCCUCUGCGUCAUCUUCACCUUCUUCUUCCCCUCCUGAAGCUGCCGCCACCACUGCUGCCGGCGAUCGCCUUGCUUUUUAUACUUAUCGUCGUCGUCGUGGUCCUGCACUGGAGCUCUUGAGCUGCAAAGAUGGUUUAUCCAGCAUCACAACAGCUAGCGUGGAGCAAGGAUGCAAGGAAAAUGAAGCACCCAAGUUCCCUUUGGUUCAGUCUAGUCCCAAGAACAAAGGACAGGAAGGACUCUUGUCAGAUUCAGUUGGAUUACAACUUACUGAAGCUGACUCAGUUUAUCAAAAUGCAAUGUUGGAUAUCUGUGAUGCUAGGAACAUCAGAAGGCAUGUCUCUGAUACUGAUGGAACAUUAGCUUUUACUCCUGAUAAAUCUACGUCACGAAUUUCAGAAAGCAAUGAUGUUUGGAUAAUUCCUGGAAAUAUAGUGUGGGCUAAAACAGCUUGCCAGAUGUGGUGGCCUGCAGAAAUCAUGGGAGAAAGUUCAACUCCGAUUAGUACAAGUAAUCAAUGUGUUGAUGGACAAGUUCUAGUGCAAUAUUUUGGAAAACAUGAAUGUGCUUGGGUUGAUCCAGUUGGAGAUCUUUCACAGUUUGAGAAUUGCUUUGAAUCAAAGAGCUGCAAUCCUAUGAAAUCAUUUCAGGAUGCUCUGAAACAAGCCUUGCACAGGAAAGAACAGAUAGACUCAUUUAGAUUGUCAGAUCAAAGUCCUGAUGUUCAAAACAUCCAGACACCCGAAAAGUGGAAUGCAUCAAGCUCGAGCAGAACAGAUGGUGAUCACUUGGAGAGAGGAAGGGGUAAAAGGAAACGGAAGCCAAAAGUUCAUUUUGAUGAGGUGACAUUUCCAAUGAAACCAGUGAAGAAAGUACGGAGAUUCAGGAUAAUGCGGUAUCUUGGCCUUGUAGCUCCAAUUGGAUCCCCCUUCUCACUCACUCCCCAUUUAAGAACUACUUAAAAAGUCAUAUGGUGCUAUCGCCUCUCAUCAUCUUUCCUUCUCCUUCUGAUCUUUUCAAAAUUAAUUUCAUCUUCUUUACGCUUGUGAUAAGAUUAUGGGUUGUAUUUAUGGUGAGAAAUUUCCUUGUCAAUAGACAAUGAUCCAUCUCUCACUUUGUAUCAUAUUAGUUGUUUGAACAAUUAACAGGAGAUUGUGUUUGGUCCAAUUGCUGUUUCUACCAGAAGUUUUUUGGGUCGAUCAAUACAGAUACAGAUUGGUGAGAGAUGUGUUCCUAGAA